UCGAUUGAGGAAAUAAAGACUACAAUAUAUUUAGUCGAGUCUUGCAUUCACAUCCUUGCUUUGAUGGGCUGAUAAACAUCGAACUCGACCUUUCGGUAGAUGUCUUAUAAUCUUUCUUUUUUUUAAUCAGUCAUUCGGCAUCUGAUCUGAUCUGGAUUUUGAUGAGGAUGAGGAUGAAGGCCUUGGAGUUUUAUCCCGUGGUGAUUAUAAUCGCCCUGAGCAUGAGAAUUCCCUGUGCCUUUGGUCUGGAUGUUCGUCUAAUUGGAGGACCUGACAUCUACAGUGGUCGAGUAGAGGUUCGUCAUGAUGGUGUCUGGGGUACUGUGUGCGAUGACGGGUGGGACAUCCAAGAUGCAACAGUCGUCUGUAGAAUGCUUGGCUUUGAGAACGCAUCGAUUGCCACUGGUUAUGCAAAAUAUGGCGAAGGAUCAAGCAGUAUCUUCCUGGAUAAUGUCCACUGCAGUGGACUGGAGACCGAUCUAGGAGAGUGCAGUCACAAUGGGUUCGAAGUUCAUGAUUGUCAACAUUCUGAGGAUGCGGGCGUUAUGUGUUCUAAAAACGAUCUGCAGGUUCGUCUAGUUGGUGGACAAACCGCCUUAGAAGGUCGUGUUGAGGUGUUCUUUGAAGGUUCUUGGGGAACAGUUUGCGAUGAUCUUUGGGACUUGAACGACGCCAGAGUUGUAUGCAGAAUGCUUGGCUUUCAGAUCGCAGUGACAGCAGUCACGAGCGCUGAAUACGGACCAGGUUCUGGAAGCAUCAUUCUUGAUAAUGUCGGAUGCCUUGGGACAGAACGCAAUCUUGCUGAAUGCCCCCACAGGGGAUUUGAGAAUAAUGAUUGUGGACAUGACCAAGACGCUGGUGCUGUCUGCGCUAAUGAUCUAGGUCUGCAAGUUCGUCUAGUUGGUGGACAAACCGCCUUAGAAGGUCGCGUUGAGGUGUUCUUUGAAGGUUAUUGGGGAACAGUUUGCAAUGAUGCCUGGGACUUGGACGACGCCAGAGUUGUAUGCAGAAUGCUUGGCUUUCAGAACGCAGUGAGAGCAGUAACGGGCGCUGAAUACGGUGAAGGUUCUGGAAGCAUCAUUCUUGAUGAUGUCGAUUGCCUUGGGACAGAACACGACCUUACUGAAUGCUCCCACAAUGGAUAUGAGAUUCAUAAUUGUGGACAUAGCGAAGACGCUGGUGCUGUCUGCGCUAAUGUUCGUCUAGUUGGUGGACAUACCGCUUUAGAAGGUCGCGUUGAGGUGUUCUUUGAAGGUUCUUGGGGAACAGUUUGCGAUGAUCUUUGGGACUUGGACGACGCCAGAGUUGUAUGCAGAAUGCUUGGCUUUCAGACCGCAGUGAGAGCAGUCGUGAUGGCUGGAUACGGACCAGGUUCUGGAAGCAUCAUUCUUGAUAAUGUCCAAUGCCUUGGGACAGAAAGCAACCUUGAUGAAUGCUCCCACAACGAAUAUGAGAUUCAUGAUUGUAUACAUAAUGAAGACGCUGGUGUUGUCUGCUCUCAUGAGAGUCCUCUUGAAGUUCGCCUCGCAGAUGGCCCAAACUCCAGAGAAGGCCGAGUUGAGGUGCUAUACCAAGGCUCCUGGGGUACAAUCUGUGAUGACUACUGGGAUUCGAAGGAUGCCAAGGUUGUCUGUAGAAUGCUCGGUUUUAACAGGACAUUGAGUGCACGUGGAAGGGCCGCCUACGGCCAAGGUUCUGGCCCCAUUCUCCUUGAUAACGUCGUAUGUCUUGGAACAGAAAACAGCUUGGCAGAAUGCUCUCAUAGUGGCUUCGGAGUUCACAACUGUGGCCAUGCAGAAGAUGCUGCUGCGGCGUGCUCUAUCGAAGACACCACGAGUGAGCUUUUUGAAGUUCGUCUUGGCGAUGGAAGAAGCAGGAAUGAAGGACGGGUUGAGGUGUUCUACAACACAUCCUGGGGAACAUUGUGUGGUGCUGGAUGGGGCUUGAGAGAGGCCGACGUGGUCUGUAGAAUGCUGGGGUUCACGGAUGCUUCAGACGUGCUACAAAAUGCAGCAUUCGGUGAAGGAAUCGGAAUGGUCUUUCUGGAAGGUAUCUCCUGUCUUGGAUCAGAGAACAGCCUGCUUGACUGUACCUUCACAUCUUUUGACGCGAACAGCUGUCCACAUAGUCAGGAUGUUGGAGUCAUAUGCAAAGACACAGGUGCUCUGCAGCUAUCGACGAUCAGAUUUGACCCAACAACCUCAUUGGGACAUCCAGAACAUGUCUUUCAAGGUAUGCCUGUGCCAUCGGCUGAGAACAGUCGAUCAUUCUCACCUGUCUCAAUAGUACUUGGAGCAAUCUUGGCGGCGUCGUAUGUACUGUUCCUGCUUUUAGGCCUCUAUGGGUACCAUCGACUUAGAAAGCUGGAAAGGAUGACGAAUAAUAACUCGAGUGAACAGCCUACUUCAAAGGGAACAGGUUCUCCUGAAGCAGCAUCAGCGUACCUGAAUCUAACUUCACCUUCUAGGAAGUCCACAGAGACCCCUGGAAAGGAAGCUCCUGGUGAACUGAUAUACAUGAACUUGGAGGUACCAGAAAACACCAUCGGAGGAGACCAGGUUUACACAGAUCUUUCGUUUACGAAGGGCAAUGAUCAGGAAGGUCCCAGACCCAAGUAUAAAGCUCCCAUGAAGCCGCCCGUUGGUCGCAAGCCUAAGUCUGGGAGGCUUGGAUCUCCAGAUAGAAUUGACCCCUCACCCUUGACCCAACAUGACCCAAUAUAUGAUAAAUGUGACUGAUUAUGAUAAAGAUUAUUGAAGGAGAGUUAGGAGGACUCAACACAAUCGCAAAUACUUUCGAGGAAUCAGCCGAAGGCACUCUCCGAUACCUUGUCGGUCUGCAAACAUUACAACCAUGUAUUACGCAAUCCUAACACGAUUCCCAUGAGAUUUAUAUGUAUAAUAAGGUAUUAAAAUUGACUUUGAGCUGGUUUCCCGAAAGUCUUACCGAUUGUGUUUUCUAGAAAUUAUAGCAGGACCUGUUACAAAAUGCUCUAUCGCGGGAUAAUUUCCACGUACAAUCGGGAUACAAUAAGGAUCUCCAAAUGGCUCGGCAGAUUUCAAACAAGGUUUCCCGAGAAGAAAAUGUUUAAAGCUAAUCUUGAGCUCUGGUAUGGGCUGCGUAUGUCGAGAGACCAUGGCUAUAAUUAAUUCUGGAUUUUAAAUCAUGCAGUAGAAUCCUGGAUACCGUUGAGUAAAAAAAAUAAUUUUAUCAUAGAGAUGUUUUUUAAACCCCAAAUAGAUCACUUGUUUUAGUAUUGAGUGCAUUGUAAAUGGAGAUGAUGUAUUUUCAUAAACCAUUGAUUAAUGGACUUUUAACAUGAUAGUGUAUAAGCUGUAGGUUAGUUUAGACAACAAUUAAUUUCAUCAGUUCUUUGAAUUCGAAACAUUUUUGUUAAAGCUAAGAUUUUAACACGUGCAGGG